AUGAGGCAAGGUGGCGAUCCUCUUGGAGAAAUAUGUUCUGAAUUGCGUGUUGGAAAACUAUCUGCUCAGAGUCUUCAAUUAUUGCAAACUCGACUAAUGUAUGAUGAGAAGGGAUUAAAUGGAAAUGUGGAUAGCUUUGCUGACGCCGUAAGAAUUUAUCCAGAAAAUGAAAUGUGCAAUAAUUUCAAUAUGCAGAGAACUGCAGAAUUACGAAGAGAAUUACGAUCUAAGGGUAAAACUACUUUUAAAAUUAAAGCAUUUGACACAUAUGCAGAUGGAGUGAAGCAAGGCCAACAUUAUUUGGGGGAUUUACCAAAAAAAGAUGACCAAACAGGGGGUAUUCCGAAUUCAAUAGAGUUGGGAGAAGGAAGCCGAGUAAUGCUUAGACGGAAUAUGGAUACUUUGAAAGGUCAUGUAAAUGGAGCUACAGGAUUUAUCAAAAAAAUUGAAUGGACAAUCGAUAAGAAUCGACAAAUAAAUGUUGGGGAUUUGCCAAAACGUGUCCUCGUAAAAUUUGACCACGAAAUUACAGAUACUUGGAUAGAGCCUGCAACUGUUGAUUUUUAUGCCCACAGGCAACAACGAGUUACGCGUCGAAUGUUGCCGUUAAUAUUAAGCUAUGCACUUACUGUGCAUAAGCUGCAAGGGGCCACGCUUGAUAAGGCUGUAGUUUAUCUAGGUCCAAAAUGUAAAACCAAAGGUUUGGCAUAUGUUGCGAUUUCUCGUGUGAAAACUCUUAGUGGCCUUGCAAUUAUUGAAAUGGAUGUUAGAAAAUUGUUAACCUCUGCAUCUUACAAUCCUGCCGAUACUGACGCAUUACAGGAGCUCGAACGAUUACGUGCUACUUUGACCAACAAUUUAUAUCAUCAACAAAACCAGCUUUCUCCAACAUGCACCUGUCGGCUAGGGGAGCAUGAAAGCAUUCACACAAUGAUCAGAGCAACGACAGAGUUAAAUAUAAAUUUGGAUGCAAAUCCACGAAAGUAUAAAAUGGUGUAUAUGAAUAGACCACCCUACUGUACCCUCUUGGCUGCGUGGAUCCAUUGA